AGGGGUUGAGUCACAGGCAGGAGCGCCUCCCCUGGACAGGAUGGUUUCGUUUCCCCUUCCCGGGUUUCCCGUCGCCACUCGGUGCCUCUCUCUGCUCGCAGCCGGAGUCCUUACUGCGAUCCGUGUGUAACCUCCGUCCGCGCCGAUUCCUCCAGGUUAUAAGACAUGGACCGCCUCACUGCAGCAAACAGUGCCUUUGCCCUCAAUCUGUUCAAGAAGCUGAGUCAAAAUGAUAAUACAGCAAACGUGUUUUAUUCUCCUUUGAGCAUAUCUUCUGCUUUGACGAUGGUCUCUCUGGGUGCGGCAGGGAACACUGCAACCCAAAUGGCAAAGGUGCUGUCUGUGACCAACGACGUCGAGUUUCACCAGGGAUACGAGAAACUUAUUUCUGAAAUCAACAAGCCAGGCACCAAGUACUUGCUUAGGCUAGCCAACAGGCUAUUUGGAGAAACAUCCUAUGAGUUUAUUCCAUCAUUUGUAGACUCCAGCCAGAAAUUCUAUCGAGCAGGUCUAGAGAAACUAGACUUCAUUAAAGCACCAGACGAUUCCAGGAAAUACAUUAACAAUUGGGUGGAAGAACAGACAGCAAGUAAAAUCCAAAAUCUGCUCGCCCCAGGAAUAAUUGACUCCCUUACAAGGCUGGUUUUGGUGAAUGCUAUCUAUUUCAAGGGCAACUGGGCAAAUCAGUUCUGCAAAGAUCACACACAGGAAAGGCCAUUCAGAAUUAGCAAGAAUGAAAGCAAACCGGUGCAGAUGAUGUUCAAGAAAGCUAAAUUCAACAUGACAUACAUAUCGGAACUUCGCACCAAAAUUCUCGAGAUUCCUUAUGUUGAUAACGAGCUCAGCAUGAUCAUCCUGCUUCCUGACGAGAUUGCAGAUAAUUCUACAGGCCUGGAAAAGCUGGAGAGAGAAAUGACCUAUGAGAAACUCAAGGACUGGAUUAACCCUGAGAUGAUGGACCUAACCGAAGUUCAGCUGUCUCUACCCAAAUUUAAACUGGAGGAAAAAUACGACCUGAAGCCUGUUCUGAGCAGCAUGGGAAUGGCUGAGGCAUUCGACCCAAGCAAGGCAGAUUUCUCCAGGAUGUCUCCCAACAAUGACUUGGUUUUGUCUGAGGUUGUUCACAAAUCCUUUGUAGAGGUAAACGAAGAGGGGACUGAGGCUGCUGCUGCUACUGCUGCUGUUAUGAUGCUGCGGUGCGCUAUGAUUGUGCCCUGCGUCACAGCCGACCAUCCCUUUCUCUUCCUCAUCCGGCACAACAAAACACAAAGCCUUCUCUUCUAUGGCAGGUUUUGCUCUCCCUGAACAAUGGAUGUCCUGUAUGUGCAGCACAAACAUUCCCCGCUGCAGCCUGCUGGCAGUAUAUCAAGUUUUCGGUUUCUCAUCCUAUUAUUUCAAAGUUAACAUUGUCUAAUCCCAAUUCUCCACUGCUGUGCCUCUGCUUGCAACAGCUUUCCCCGACACCAUUCAUAUUUGAUUAACGGUUGUGCAUAAGGGGAUCACAUCUCAAAAUGGGCGAACUGUGGCCUUCCUUAAACCCUACUCCUAAUGCACAUUGAUGCAUUGUGCGUGCCUUUAGUAUAUCUUAUUAACUGCACACCUCUUCAUCUUUUGCAUGCUCUUAAUAAAAAUGUAGAGGGCUCAUUUUUAAAAAAAACAGGCAGUUUUGCUGCAAGUGCAAAAAUUUGUGAGGUCCAUUUUGUUCUUGACCUUUAUUUUCACAGGGUACUUCGGGGUGGGGGAGGGGAGGUGGUUUUGUUCUUAAAGAGGUAUUGGCAACCACCAAAAACAGCUCUAUCAAAGGAUAUCUCCUACCAUAUAACCUCAUGUUCAUUUGAUAAACAAACACAAUUGUUUAGUACCAGUUUCUGGCGUUCACACCAGCAUAUAAAUUUAAGAUCUUGGUAACCAAAGUGAAAAUGAAGAGCCUUAUCUAGUUAUUGCAGAGCAGAAAAUGUGCAAUGAUUUCUACAACACACAGAAAAUCUUGGCCUUGCGAAGAAUGCAGUGCGCAAGCGGAAGUAUGAAUCUGAUGUUGGGUCUACAAUGUAUUAUUCUUUGACGUUACAUGCAAAAAAAGUGGUUUGCAGUCAAA